CGCUCAAGCAACCGUGAAAACGUGCCUUUAUUACUAUCAUUACGGUAAUAUUUCACCACUGAAACAGAAAGUAAAUGGACAGGCGGAUGAGAUUUGUUUUAACACCAAGCUUCGAAGUUUGUGACAACGGUGUAUAGUAAAAAAGUGCUGAAAAACAUAACAUUGCAAUUUAAUGAUCCAGUGACCACAUGGAUGAAGCGGAAGCUAUAAAAGAUGGAGAUUUAUUUGCAAGAAGCAGGUCAAUGUCUCCAGUGGCCAGCUGCUUGUCCAUGAAAACCAACAGCUCUAUUGAUCAUCUUACAUACCUAGAUGAAAGAAUGACAACUGGAAACAGUAAGCAAGUAAGGUCUGUGUCACUCAUACACAGCACUGUGUCCAUGAAGAGUAAUGCUUCGAUUGAACGGCCUCCAAACAUCUAUGGUGAAAUGCCACCUGGAGGAAAAUCAGACUUUGUAAAUAUCGCGGGGUCCUUCGGGAGUAGCCGGUCACCUAGCACAGAGAAAUGGGGAAACAUGGUAUCACAUCCAAGCACUUGUGAAUCUGAACCUGCUGUUCUUGAGAAAUUCAAAUCAAACAUGAAAGUCAAGUUCCAAUGUCUGCAUGAGGGAACAGCCCAUCAGGGAAACCCAACACUCCUCAAUGACAUCUACACAAAGGUUUACAUCACAGAGGAUAGAGGCGGAGAGAUCAAUAACGAACAUGAGAUCAGACAGAUUGAAGCAGCAUCCAGGAGACCAUCAACAGAGGACAGACCCAUCAACUGCAAUGACAUCUUUAAACCUUCCUCCGAACAAGACAAACCCAUCAGAACUGUGAUGACGAAGGGAGUCGCUGGCAUUGGAAAAACAGUCUCUGUGCAGAAGUUCAUUCUGGAUUGGGCUGAAGCGAAAGAGAAUCAGGACGUCCGCCUCAUAUUUCCACUUCCUUUCAGAGAGCUCAAUCUGAUGAAGAACAAAACACUCAGUCUUUUACAUCUCCUUCAUCUUUUCUUCCCAGAGACCGAAGAAUUGGACAUAAGCGGUGAUAAAUAUAAAGUGUUGUUCAUCUUUGAUGGUUUGGAUGAGUGUCGUGUGUCUCUGGAUUUUCACAGCAGCGUGAGGUUGCGUGAUGUCAAUGAAUCGGCCUCAGUGGGCGUGAUGCUGACAAACCUCAUCGCGGGGAAUCUGCUUCCCUCGGCUCUCAUCUGGAUCACCUCCAGACCGGCAGCAGCUGAUCUCAUCCCCUCUGACUGUGUCCAUCGAGUCACAGAGGUACGAGGCUUCACUGACCCACAGAAGGAGGUAUACUUCAGAAAGAGAAUAAGUGAUCCCAUCCUAUCCAACAAAAUCAUCUCGCAUCUAAAGUCAUCGAGGAGUCUGUACAUCAUGUGUCACAUCCCAGUGUUCUGCUGGAUUUCUGCCACUGUUCUAGAGAGAAUGUUGAGCGAAGCUGAGAGUGAUGAAGAGAUCCCCACGACUCUAACUCAAAUGUACACACACUUCCUGAUCAUUCAGACGAAUAUCAAACAUCAGAAGGACUAUGAGAAGAAAGGGAAAGAUGAGGAGAUGAUUCUCAAACUUGGAAAACUGGCGUUUGAGCAGCUUGAGAAAGGGAAUUUGAUCUUCUAUCAAGAAGAUCUGAUGGAGUGUGGCAUUGAUGUUGCAGAAGCAUCUGUGUACUCGGGAUUGUGCACUCAGAUCUUCAGAGAAGAGUUUGGCCUGUACUUGAGGAACAUGUACUGCUUUGUUCAUCUGACCAUGCAGGAACAUCUUGCAGCGCUAUACGUGUACCUCUCCUUUAUCAACAAAAAUACAAAUGUUUUUGAUCGAAACACCACAGCAUGCUCAGAUCUGUCUGACAUGCUUACGAUCGCUGUUGAUAAAACCCUAGACAGUGAAAAUGGACAUCUGGAUCUUUUCCUCCGGUUUCUUCUGGGCCUUUCUUUGACGUCCAAUCAGGCUCUCUUAGGCCUGCUGACACAGACCGAAAUCAGCUUCCAGUGCACAGAGAAAACAGCUGAAUACAUCAAACGCAAGAUCAUGGAGAAUCCGUCUCCUGAGAGGUCCAUCAACCUGUUCCACUGCCUGAAUGAACUCGGUGACCAUUCUCUGGUCAAGGAAGUUCAACAUUUUCUUACUUCUGGGGCAAUAAGAGGAACUCAACUUUCAGCCUCACAGUGGUCGGCUGUGGCCUUUGUGCUGCUGACCUCAGAACAGAUGGAUGUGUUUCACAUGAGCAAGUAUGCCAGAAUGUGCAGUGAUAUCGAUGAAGUUCUUGUGAGGCUGCUGCCUGUGAUCGAGGCAUCUAGAACGGCUCAUCUUCAUUACUGCAUACUGUCAGCCAAAUGUUGUUCAGCUCUGGCCUCCGCUCUCAGCUCAAAGAUCUCAUGCCUGAGAGAGCUGAACUUAAAUGGAAAUGGACUUCACGAUGAAGGAGCGACAGAUGUUUUUUGUGGUCUGGGGAGUCUUCAUUGUAGAUUGGAGAUACUACGGCUUGCAAACUGUAAACUGACAGAGAGAAGCUGCGGUGCUCUGGCCUCCGCACUUAAAUCAACAUCCUCCAGUCUGAAAGAGCUCAACCUGAGCUGGAAUAACCUGCAGGAUGAUGGAGUGAAUCUGCUCGCGGCUGGACUGGAGAAUUCACACUGCAAACUGGAGAUACUGAAGUUACAGAAGUGUGGUUUCACUGAAUCAGGUUGUGCUGCUCUGAACUCGGCUUUAAAUUCUAAUCCUUCCCAUAUGAGAGAACUACAUUUGAAUAGAAAUGAUCUUGGAGACAGAGGCAUGACGCUGCUCUCUGGUGCACUGGAGAACCCACGCUGUAAACUAGCGACACUAUGUAUGAUAAGAUGUGGCAUCACAGCCGAAGGUUGUGGCGCUCUGGCGUCAGCUCUGAGAUCAAACCCAUCACACCUGACACGGCUGAAUCUGUCUGAGAACCAUCUUGCAGAUGCAGGAUUGACAAGCAUCUCUGCUUGGUGGAUGAGUCCUGACUGUAAACUAGAAGCGUUGAGACUGAUGUACUGUGGCAUCACACGUGAAGGUUGCGCCGCUCUGAGAGUCAACCCCUCACACCUGAGACAUCUGAAUCUGUCUGGAAAUAAUCUAGGAGAUUCAGGCGUAAAACUGCUCUUUGCUGGACUGGUGAAUCUUCACUGUAAACUUGAGAUACUAAAGCUGAUGUAUUGUGGAGUCACUGACGAAGGUUGUGCCGCUCUGGCUUCCGUUAUGAAAUCAAACACAACAGAUCUAAAGGAACUCUAUCUGGAUAAGAAUGAACUAGGAGACUCUGGAGUAAAACUGCUCUCUGCUGCGUUGGAGAAUUCACACUGUAAACUGGAGUUACUGAAGCUGUGGGAUUGUGGUAUUACAGAUGAAGGUUGUGUUGCUCUGGCUUCAGCUCUAACGUCAAACCCCUCGCACCUAAGAAACCUCUAUGUGUUUGGGAAUAAUCUCGGACUGUCGGGAGUGAAGCUGCUAUCUGCACUAAUAGAUGAUCCACAUAAUACACUGGAGACUUUUGAUUUGUACUAGAUACUAGAUGCUACUCAUUGAAGAUCAUCGCUGAAGAGAUGCUGUGACUGAGGCAACAGUGGAGACAUCUGCAUAAUAUAGGAAUUAUACACCCUUUUAUUAUAACACACAUUUUUUACCUGUUACUUCGCUGUAUACCAUUACAAAUCAAUAUUCGUGUGUGCUACACUGCAAAAAAUGACUUUCUUACCAAGUAUUUUUUUCUUAUUUUCCAGUGAAAAUGUCUAAACAUUCUUGAAUCAAGAUGCAUUUUCUUGAUGAGCAAACUGACCUAAGAAAAUAAGGCUUUUUUUCUAGUUAAAAAAUAUGAAAUGGGGUAAGAAAAACAAGCUUGAAUUGAGUGACUAAGAAAAAGGUAAACCUUAAUUCAAGAUGAUUUUUCUUACCCCAUUGGCAGAUGUUUUUGCUUGUUUUAAACUGAAAUUAAGCUGUAAAUUUUCACUUUAAUUUCAUAUUUUUUUUUACUAAAAACAAGACUUAUUUUCUUAGGUCAGUUUGCUCAUCAAGAAAAUGCUUCUUGAUUCAAGAAUUUGUAGACAUUUUUUUACCGGAAAACAAGAAAAAGAGACCGAAAGUAAGAAAGUCAUUUUUUGCAGUGUAUACGUAACCAUACAGCAUUAUCUGGAAAUUGUAUAUUCAUUUAAGGAGUGUAUUUGUGUGUUUUAUACAUUAACCCUGUGAACAGUAUGGCAUUUCACAUCUCAUGGAUUUAAGUUUACAUAGAAAAGUCACAGGUGUGCUGUUAAGACUUGAGUCUACAGCUCAUUUCAAGUUUAUUGUUACAUUUCAGGUCAGACUAGUUAUUCAAAAUGAAAAUCGUUUACCUCAGUUUGUAUUAUUUAUGUUAUGUCUGUUCUGCUUUACUUUGCUGAAUUUAACAAGCAUUAGGAACUACUAUGAUACAACAAGUAUACAUAUACAAGUUGGUCAACAACUACUGAUUUACUGAUGUUAUUGAACGUUACGUAUUUUCUGUUGGAUCUCUGUAAACUUCUCUUUGGUGUGUUUUCAGCUGGGAUGUAUUACAACAAGGAUUUGGUAUCCUGUGAUCGUAGUGUACUGUAGCACAGACCAUGUAUUUUCACAAACAUUGUUAAUUUCUACCACAUUUAAAAUAUGUAUAUAUUUAAACUAUUUUUCUGUACACUCUCUUGUUGCACAAUUUCAAGUAUUCUAGUAAAGAUAAAGUGUGAUUUUUGUGCCACCGCUGAAAUUUAAUGGAACUGCAAAAAUAAUUACAAUGAUUUUAAUAUAUGUGAUUUGGUAAAUAAAGUAUGGCAAAAA